AUGAUCAGCUAUACUCCCUCAUAUCUGUAUUCCCUAAGACCCCAAAAAGCGGUCACUGCACUCAAUUCCUCGCUAGUGGUUACCCUAAAAUCACUUGGCAUCUUCAAAUGGACUGACAGGGGCUGUCAUGGAGGAAAAUCAAAACUUAAAGUUCAGUCUUCUGACACUAUCACCGCUGCUCCACCACCCUGUCUACCUGCAAGCCCAAUUGAAGGGAUUCAACCUAGAAGCCACAAAAACCACACUAUCAAAUCAAAGAAACGUCUUUGUGUGAUCCCUGUUAGAAGACACACUGUUUCCAAAAUACAGAGCAAAAGCUCAGAAUCUCAUGACUGUCCAAUCAGAUCAAUCCUGUGUGUUAAGACACUCCAGGCAUAA